AACCCACUUUCCCGGGGCUGUACCUGCAAAACCUGAAAAAGAGUGAAAAAGGCUAGCAUUUGAGAAGGGGAUUUGACGAGCCAUCCCGACGACACACUGUCAACCCGUUUCUCCCGUACCGUCGUCGACUCCUCUACAGCCGCAAUCAUGGCAGUAGAUCAGGAAAGCUUCAUACAUCUAUCGCGGCCCCUGGCGCCGGGUGUGAUGGGAUUCAGUGGUAGCGGUGCCCCGCUUACCGUCAAUAUCCAGCCCCAGGCCGUAUUCUCCAUCCUCGACCAUGCCAUCCGAAGGGAUAUCCGCGACACACAAUCCACGCGGGUGAUCGGUGCCCUCGUGGGCGUGCGCAGCGAGGACGGCACCGAGGCGGAGGUGCGCAGCAGCUUCGCGAUCCCGCACACGGAGAACGAGGACCAGGUUGAGGUGGACGUCGAGUACCAGAAGAACAUGCUCGCGCUGACGCUCCGGGCGUCGCCGCGCGAGACCCUCCUGGGCUGGUACACGACGAGCCACGAGCUCAACAGCUUCAGCGCCCUGAUUCAGAACUUCUUCGCCUCGCCCGAGACGGGCACCUUCCCGCACCCGGCCGUGCACCUGACCAUCAACACGGAGCCCGGCGCCUCCAUCCAGACCAAGACGUACAUCUCUGCGCCCGUGGCCGUCAACGCCGAGCGCGCCGCUGAGUCCUGCCUCUUCCUCGAGGUGCCCCACCGCCUCCUGCACGGCGACGCCGAGCGCUCGGCCCUCGAGGCCGUCGCCUCGGCCGCCGAGACCGAGACCCGCACCGCCCCCGUCACCAGCGACGUCGAGGCCCUCGCCCGCGCCCUGGGCACCGUCUCGGGCCUGCUGGAGCGCGUGUCCGAGUACGUGUCCGAGGUCCUGGACGAGGAGCGCGACGGCAACCACGCCCUGGGCCAGAACCUCAUGAACGCCCUCUCGCUGGCGCCCAAGGUCGACGCCCUCGCCGUCGAGCGCGACUUCAACAACCACAUCCAGGACGUCCUCAUGGUGUCCUACCUCGCAAACACCAUCCGCACCCAGAUCGACCUCGCCCAGCGCCUCGCCACCUCCACCCUCAUCGGCUUCGACAAGGAGGGCGACAAGGCCGGCAAGGACGGCGACGACGCCGGAGGCAGGGGGGGCCGCGGCGGGAAGAGGGGGGGCCGCGGCGGCGGCAGAGGCGGCGGCCAGCAGAGGGAGCCGAGGGAGCCGAGAGAGACUGGCGAGUAAAGUCGGGAAACCGAAGAGGGGGGAGGGGGGGUAUAGCAUCCACUGGGUCUGGGUUGGAAGGAAUAGGGCCCCGGGUGUUGGGGGGAAAACUGCUUUCCUCCGUCUCUUGAGGCGUUUUUGUUUCUCUGUAGCAAUUGAGCCUCCUCCGCCAGAGCCAAAAAGGAAAGGAAAAUGAGACAAAUAACCAAAACAAAAACAAAGUCCAAAAUUAUUUCACCGGGCGUUAUGGGACCUAGAAUUCAAAAUAAAGGGGGGAUAGUGACAUGAGAGGUCCUUUAAUUCUAUUCUUUCACAUCUAUAAACCCUAUGCUGUGAAAGAAGAACUACCAUAUCUAGGUACCGCCUUUACCAUUUUUGCUGCAUUCCCACACCCUCUCCCCUUCCCAGCAAGUUGCGGUUUGCCCCAUGCAAACAGCCAGCUGUCGGUCCUCUUCCCAAACGGUUACUCCCCGAGAAAACGCC